AUGGAGCAGAAAACUGAAAGGGAUGUGUUUCAAUUUCAACAUUGGAGAAAUGAAUCAUGGCAAUGGCAAGGUUUAGAGUUUGAGGACGUCAAAGAAAAUCAUCAACUCAAGUUAAUGUUAUCAUUGCCUGAAAUACCUGAGCCACCAACACCUCUUGAGCCUAUGGAGUUCUUAUCAAGAUCUUGGAGUUUAUCCGCUUCUGAGAUUUCAAAAGCACUUUUAGAGAAACAACACAAACAAAUUUUUGUUGAAAACAGGCCUGAAACAUUGCCAGAACCUAUUCCUGUGCCUCAAUUAACGUCAGGCAAGAUCAUACCUUCUACGAAUUGUCGAAAGGGUACGAUUGGAAAAUGGUUGCAUCAGAAGCAGCAUGGGGGUGCGAACACGAAUGUUAAGAGGAAAGAUCGAGCGCGUGUAGAGAAUGCGCGAGCGCAUUCUGCUCUGUCGAUUGCUGGAUUGGCCUCUGCGUUGGCUUCUGUAGCUGCUAGUAGUGACAGUCACUCUAAAUUGGAUGUUGCUAUGGCUUCAGCCACACAACUCUUGGCGUCUUACUGUGUUGAGAUGGCCGAGUUGGCAGGUGCUGAUCAUGACCGUGUGGCUUCUACUGUCAAGUCCGCGGUUGAUAUUCAAACACCGGGCGAUCUAAUGACCCUUACUGCUGCAGCUGCAACAGCUUUGAGAGGAGAAGCGGCGUUGAGAGCAAGAUUUCCAAAAGAAGCAAAGAAGAAUGCAUCAAUAAGUCCCUAUGAUAGAGGAGUGGCAGAAACACAUUGUUCUCCUGUUUUCGAGGGUCAAAUGUUGGAAAACCAUUCUCCAUGUGAGGGAGAUUUGUUGCAGGUUACAGAAAAAGGUUCAUUACGAUGGAAACAUGUGUCUGUAUACAUCAACAAGAAAUAUCAGGUCAAGAUUAAGAUCAAAAGCAAGCACAUUGGAGGAACUUUCUCCAAAAAGCAUAAAUGUGUGGUUUAUGGAGUUUGUAACGAAGACUCUGCAUGGCCAUAUAGAAAAGAAAGGGAAGCUUCUGAAGAGAUCUAUUUCGGCCUCAAAACUGCACAAGGUCUACUAGAAUUCAAGUCAGAGAGCAAACUUCACAAGCAAAAAUGGGUUGAUGGGAUAGAAUUUCUACUCGGUCAUGCCAACUCGGCCGAAGCAACAGAAAAAUCUAUGAAUUUGUUAAAUAUUAGUAGCAGCACUUGA